GGGGUCAAAGGUUCUUGUAAUAAUUGUGUUCUCAAAUGUUUUAGAACAUAAUAAUUUUUCUCUAUAUAUAUUACGUAAUUUUAUUAACAAAUUAAAGUCGACAUGGUAAAACUGAUAUACAAAACUAUAUUUGCGGUAAAAUAAUUUACAUUAUUGUAAACAAUAAUGAGCGUUCUAAAGUUCUAUUAUGAUUUAUUUUCACAACCAUCAAGGGCACUAUAUAUUUUUCUAAAAAUUGCCAAUAUACCCUUUGAGGCGAAACCGAUAAAGAUAAUUAAACUUGAGCAUACUACUCCCGAAUUUGAGGCCAUUAAUCCAUUUAAAAAAGUUCCAAUUAUAGAACACAAUGACUUUAAAUUGACAGAAAGCAUUGCAAUUGCAAGAUAUUUGUGUAGAGAAUAUAAAAUACCCCAACAUUGGUAUCCUUUUUCAUCAAGAGAACAAGCCAAAGUUGAUGAGUAUUUAGAAUGGCAACAUUUAAAUACUAGAUUAAAAUGUGCAUCAUAUUUUGCAGUAACGUUUCUUAAUCCUUUACAAACAGGAAAGUCAGCUAAACCUGAACAAAUAGAAAAGUAUAAAGCACAAAUGUUAGGUUGUCUUGAUUUAAUAGAAAAUAUCUGGCUGAAGGAUAAAUUAUUUCUUACAGGCAAUAAGAUUAAUAUAAGUGAUAUAUUUGGUGCUUGUGAAUUAGAGCAAAUACGUUUAACUGGAUAUGAUCUACGUGCAGAAUGGCCUCGUAUUAAUGUUUGGAUGGAAAGAGUACAACAGGAAACUAGACCUUAUUAUGAUGAAGCUCACAAACUAUUGAAUAAAUUUAUAAAGCAGCAGGACCAAGCAGCCAGUAGAAAAAUUAUUCUUGUAUCUUCUUGUAUAAAUGGUCAUAUCAAAUUCUGGGAUCUUGAAUCUAAGGAACUUAUUAAAAAGGAUCAUGGAAAAUUACUCAGUACAAGUCAAAGUUAUUGCUAUACUGUCAUAAAGAAUACAUUAAUUGUCCAAGGAUGUGUUCCCAGGACAUUGUAUGAACUUCCUGUUGAUGAAAUUGUUGCUGGUGCUGCAGAUGGUAAUAAGAUAUCCUUUUAUACAAAGAAAGGACAUUUCAUUAAUGUACAGUUGGCAGAAGGUGAAGAAGUAUUUAUCACAGAAUUUGUAAAACCACCAAAACUAUAUAUCCGUGAUUAUUAUAUGUUUACUAAUAUAGCAGUAUGUAUUACAGAACAUGGACACUUAGGUUUUUCUAUUCAUGGUGGAAAGUGGAAAUUUCAUAAUAUACUUCCCAUAUUUCAUGGAACACCCACUGCUGUCUUAGUUUAUGCACACCUUCUCGUAUUAGGUUUAAACUCAGGUCAUGUUUGUAUAUAUUGUGUGGAAAAUUGGAAUAUAUUAGAUUUGAAUUCUACUUUGGCAAGACUAAUAAUAUUAGAUACAGAACCGAUUAUAUCAUUAAACAUAAGUGCACAUUUUAAAGAACGUAUAAUUGCAGCAAGCAUCAAAAGAGUACACUUUAUUCAUUUUACGUAACUUGU